AUGAGCAGCUACACGUACAUCUACAACUCGCAGCUGGAUGCCUUCUCGUUGUACCACCUCACACACGAGCAGGCCACCAAGCACAGCACGCUGGGCCCUGCCCUGCCAGCUCUCGGCCAUGCAACGUCCGGCGCAUUGGGCACUGCUAUUUCAAAGCUCAUCACGUACCCGCUCGAUCUUGUGGUAGCGCGUCUACAAGUGCAGAAGCAGCUCCAGGGCGAAAAUGAGCGGCCCAGGUACGACGGCAUCUUCGACGCCAUCGAGAAGAUCUACGAACGGGAAGGGGGCCUGUCAGCCUUUUACAACGGCGUGCCUCACGAGGUGUUCAAGGGCGUCACGGAUAGCUUUCUCUUCUUCCUUGCCUACUCGUAUAUACGGCAAAGUCGACUGGCUGCGAACGGUGGACGGAAGAGCCUGGGCGCUGUGGAAGAGAUUGGUGUGGGCGUGGUAGCUGGCGCCUUCUCCAAGCUCUGCACUACACCCAUCCAAAACAUUGUCACCAGGAAGCAGACAGCAGCAAUGACUGCACUCGAUGGGAACACAGCCACGCCGCCAGCCUCAAGCACAAGAGACAUUGCUUCGCAGAUCAAGAAGGAGAAGGGGCUGCAGGGCUUCUGGUCAGGCUAUUCGGCCAGCCUCAUCUUGACCCUCAACCCAUCUCUCACGAUGCUGAUGCAUAAGGUCUUGCUGCGGCUUCUAGUUUCACAAGGGAAGCGUGACGACCCCGGUGCACGCAUUACGUUCCUCAUUGCAGCGACCAGCAAGGCAUUGGCCUCUACCAUAACCUAUCCCUUCCAGCUCGCCAAGACACGCGCACAAGUCUCGUCUCAGAAGCCGACCGAGACGACUGGCGAGACUUCGGAAUUCGAAAAGACAGAGAAGCCGCCAAGGUCGGGGGUCAUGCGCGCCAGACAGCGUACUGUGUUCGCCACCAUUCUGCGCAUCGCACAGACCGAAGGCCUUGCAGGCUUGUACCAGGGUCUAGGUGGAGAGGUGCUCAAGGGCUUCUUCUCGCACGGCAUCACGAUGCUGAUGAAGGAGCGGAUCCACGCCGUCAUCAUCAACCUCUACUAUGCCGUCCUGAAGUCGAUGGAGAAGUUCCCCAGCACCGAGGAGCUCAAGCAGAUGGCGGCAGAUCAAUACGAGGGUGGGAAGGAGCGUGUCAGCGAGGCAUACAACAAGGGCGUUGAGGUCGCUGAACACGCAGCAGAGAAGGUUCAGGACGUGGUCGCACAGGGCUCUCAACAGGCCCAGGAGCUGUAUGAGAGCGGCAAGGAGCAGGCUGGCGAGGCAUACGACCGGGCGACCGAAGCCGCGCAAUCGGCCACAUCCACAGCACAGAAUGCAGUGAGCAGCGGUUCGCAGCAGGCGCAAAGUCUGGCAGAAGCUGGGAAGGAACAGGCGAAUGGAGCGUAUAACAAGGCAGCCGAGACAGCACAGUCGGUCUCAUCAACGGCUCAAGAGCAAGCCAGUGAGGCCUACGGCAAAGCGAGGGAAGCAGCACAAACCUCGACCGUGACAGCUCAGGACCCGGCCAGUGGCUCGUACGCAAAGGCGAGCGAGGCAGCAGAGUCGGCUUCCUCGGCAGCACGGGGACAGGCUAGCGAAGUGUACAACAAGGCCACCCAAGCGGCGGACUCGACAUCGGCCAAGGCCCAGCAGGCUGCCAGCACUGGAUCGCACGCAGCUGACAGUCUGGUGGAGCAGGGCAAGGAGGUGGCCGAGCAUGCGUCUGAGCAGUCGAGGGACAUUGCGAACACGUAUGGAGUCGACCAGAAGGAGUGA